CGCGGCCGCCGGUCGUGCUAAUGUGCAGUUGGCAGGUAGUUGAGCUUCAGACUUCAAUGAGCUCAGCGAUCCACAAUGGCGGCCAUGCUUGGGCACCUUUGUCUUUCAGCAGGUGCCAGUAGCACAGCUUUGCUGAACCUAUAACGAAGGCCUGUGAGAGGAACGGAUAUAAAGCGGAUGGCUACGCCACAGGUGAGCUGUGUUCACAAUGAAAGCCCCGGGGAUCGCGCAGCUCAUCUUCAGGAGCAUGCUUCGAAGACGGAGAGAUCCUCUGACGUCACAUUGGGACCCUGGGGCCUUUCCGCUUCUCGAGAAAAGGCGCUCCAAAGCUCUUGUGAGCUUUGGAAAGCGACUUUUGAGGUAGUACAGAGCUCUGGAGACCUCCUCGAGUCUGUAUUCGACAACGGUAGGACCGAUUCCGAGCCCCUAGGCAGACCAAAAUAUCGAGGCCCACCACAUUUCCUGGUCGCGGUCGACCUGGAAAGCCGGUUGGCGAUGCAGCGUGCACGGAAAGUUCUAGAGUCCGCCAACGAAUAUAAUUCCGCAAAGGACAAGCUGUGGAAGCUGAAGUCCGAAUUCAGCAUGCUACGUCUUCUGUGUGUCGACCUCGAAGCCGAGAUCCCACGAUCUCUUCGAGAGGCCGAGUUCUGGCGGAGCGGACCGCUGGAGGCCCAAGCGGCUGAGCUGAAGCUGCUGAGCGCCCUGAAACCACUUACUCCUUUCUUAAAGCAGCACGGUCUCGUUAGGUUCAUCCAGCAAGAACGUAAUGACAUGAUCAGCAUUGCGAUGGAAGUUUCGCCGGAAAGCCUUACAGAUCCAAAAACCGGACGCCCGAUCGCUGAUCGGAUCUUGGAACUAGCCGACAUGGUUGAGAAGGCAAAUGAGGCGGGCCCUGCCGAAGAGGAGGCUGCUAUCGUGGAGAAAUGCUUCUGGCAGAUGUGGGCUCUUUAUGAGUUUCUGCACAAAGAGCUGACUCGUUCCGUCGAAGAGGUAGAAGCCUUGCGGACCGCCGCAUGGAAAGAGAAUAUUGAAUCAAAGCGAGUGUAAAACCUCGGUGGAACUGCCUUAAUAUGACUGCACGGGUACACGGAUAAAAGAAAGUUCGUCGAGCUGCUGGACAUAUACUUUGUAUGUCCUCGGCACCGGAGGCGAACAUCAGCCCUUUGAAUCCC